UUAGAAGUGAGUUGACACAUCAUGGCGAACGACGGCAUGAACGAGUUUGUCUCCUAUGUGAAAAAUGGUGUUCAAGCCGGUGAUCCAACAGUCAUCGGUAUCUUAGUAGCAGUCAUAGUAGGAUUGUUCACCCUUGUUAUAUUUGCCUUCCUUAGUGGGAAACAAAACAAAAGAAGUGGCGUCCUACUCCUUGGUAUUUGUGAUGCUGGAAAAACCCUACUUUUCUCAAGGCUUGUGUACAAGACAUAUAAGGAGACGUACACAUCCACCAAGUCCAAUUCUGGAAGCUACACUGUACCAGACUCAAAUAAAAGUCUGAGAGUGAUUGAUCUGCCUGGCCAUGAGAGAUUACGGUUCCAGACAAUGGAGGAACACAAGGGCCUUGCAAGGGCCAUCAUUUUCGUCAUCGACAGCUUGACUUUCCAGAAGGAGAUAAAAGAGGUGGCUGAACAGCUUUACACGGCACUCAGCGACAACACCAUCUCCAGUCUGGCUCCACCCAUCUUGAUUCUAUGUAACAAACAGGAUAUGACCCUGGCAAAGGGGGCAAAGGUCAUCCAGGGUCAACUGGAAAAAGAGAUGAAUACUCUGAGAGUGACCAGGUCUGCCGCUCUUCAAGGAACCGACAACACAUCCAAUAAUAACACAUAUCUCGGCAAAAGAAAUAAGGAUUUUGAGUUUUCGGAUGUAAAGCCUUUCAAGAUCACAUUUGCAGAAUGCAGUUGCAAAGGCAAGGGAGAUAACUCUAAAGCUGACCUGUCUGAUGUUGAAUCAUGGCUGAGCAAAGUGGCUUAAGCAAAUGUGUGUGUCAUAUGUUUGUAGCAAUGUGUAUAAAAUCUCAUCACAUCAUU